AUGGAGAAAUUCCACCCCUCACUGCGCGAGUGCGCGAUUGUCUCGACGGCGUUCAAGCUGCUGCUGAUUCCCACAUAUAAAUCUACAGACUUUGAGGUCCACCGCAACUGGCUGGCCAUCACGCACUCUCUGCCCGUCAACGAGUGGUACUUCGAGAAAACAUCGGAAUGGACGCUCGACUACCCGCCCUUCUUUGCGGCGUUUGAGUGGUGCCUCAGCCAGGUCGCGAAAUACUUUGACCCGGCCAUGCUCGAGGUGCAGAACCUCAACUACGCCAGCACGCAGACUGUCUACUUCCAGCGCCUGUCUGUCAUCUUCACCGAGCUGCUGCUCGUCUUUGCGCUCCAAAAAUACAUCACCACCGCCCCAGAAGCAUCCAAACGCACCGCGCACGCCGCCGCGCUCUCAAUACUGCUCUCCCCCGGCCUCCUCAUCAUCGACCACAUCCACUUCCAGUACAACGGCUUCCUCUACGGCAUCCUUCUCCUCUCGCUCGUGCUCGCGCGGUCACCCUCCACGCGGCUGCUCUCGGGGCUGCUCUUUGCCGCGCUGCUGUGUCUGAAGCACAUCUACCUCUACCUGGCGCCGGCAUACUUUGUGUUCCUGCUGCGCGCAUACUGCCUCGGCCCAAAGUCGGUGCUGGACAUCCGCUUCUGGAACUGCGUCAAGCUGGGCCUGGGCCUGCUGGCAGUGUUUGGCGCCGCAUUCGGCCCCUUUGUGUAUUGGGGCCAGAUGCCGCAGCUGGCAGCGAGGCUGUUUCCGUUUAGUCGCGGGCUGUGCCAUGCGUACUGGGCGCCGAAUGUGUGGGCCAUGUACUCGUUCACUGAUCGUGUGCUAAUCUUCGUCGCCCCCCGGCUAGGCCUCACCGUCGACCCAAGCGCCAUCAACAGUGUCACCCGCGGCCUCGUCGGCGACACCUCCUUCGCCGUCCUCCCCAACGUCACCCCGCGCGCCACCUUCCUCCUCACGCUCCUCUUCCAGCUGCUCGCCCUCUGCAAGCUCUGGCUGCGCCCCACCUUCGACGCCUUCCUCGGCGCCGUCACGCUCUGCGCCUACGCCUCCUUCCUCUUCGGCUGGCACGUGCACGAGAAGGCCGUGCUGCUCAUCAUCCUCCCCUUCUCGCUGCUCGCCCUCAAGGACCGGCGGUACCUCGGCGCCUUCCGCCCGCUCGCCGUCGCCGGCCACGUCGCGCUCUUCCCGCUGCUCUUCACGGCGCCAGAGUUUCCCAUAAAGACCGUGUACACGGUGCUGUGGCUGCUGGUGUUCUUGUCGGCGUUUGAUCGGCUGGCGCCGGUGAGUGUGGGGCAGCGGAGGUUCUUGCUGGAUCGGCCGGCGACGCUGUUUAUUGUGGUGAGUGUGCCGCUGGUGGUGUAUACGAGUGUGGUGCAUCCGCUGGUGUGGGGCGGGAGGUGGGAGUUUGUGCCGCAGAUGUUUAUGAGUAGUUAUGCGGCGGUCGGGGUGGUGGGGAGUUGGGUGGGGUUUAGUUGGUUGUAUUUUACGGCGUAG